AUGCAAAUGGAUAUGUACAUUCGCGUUAAGCGUAGUAAGACAACGUAUUUCAUCCGGUGCAAGCCAUCUGACAAAGUUCUUGACAUUAAGCAAAAGUUACAAGAACUCAUCGAUCAACCAGCUAAUGAUCAACGAUUAAGUCUUCCUGAUACAGGGGAUGUAUUAGAGGACUCUAAGACUCUGGCUGAUCAAAAGAUUGAAACUGAUGCUGUUGUUGCAUUGACCUUGAGGAAAGAUGAUAAUGAGUUCGAGGAGGUCAACAUUGUUCGGCCAAAUGAUUUCUAUCAGUCAAAUGCAGAGGGUGCCAGUUGGUGA